UAACCAGUAACCAAAAGUCAAAACACAUAAAACCUAACCUCAAACUUGAUCCCCAAAAAAAUUAAAAAAUUACAAAUUUCAACUAAAAAUACCAAAUCAUGUCUCGAUUAUUCCGUGCCUACGGUGAAAUGUGCGCCAACCAUCCCUGGGAAGUCAUAGUGGCAGUUGUCACCCUCACUACAUGUUUCCUGACCCUGGAAAAACAGGUAACGAGCCCCAAAAAGCCUCCCGUCUGUGUAGGUUGCUACGAGGAACCAUUCCAGGCCGCCGACAUGGUCCUAAUGACCGUUAUCAGAUGUCUAGCGAUCCUCUACAGCUAUCAUCAAUUCAGGCAUUUGCAAAAUAUUGGAUCUAAGUAUAUAUUAGGCAUUGCUGGGCUGUUUGUGGUGUUUUCCAGUUUUGUUUUUACUUCUACUUUGUUGAAUAUUUUGAACGUUGAUUUGGUGGAUCUUAAGGAUGCUUUGUUUUUCUUUUUGCUGCUGAUUGAUUUGUCCAAAGCGGCUACAUUGGCUCAGUUUGCCUUGACUGCUAGCAACACUGAGGAAAUAAGCAAGCAAAUUGCCAGAGGAAUGUCUGUUUUAGGCCCUUCAUUGACUUUAGACACAAUCGUUGAAACGUUAGUUAUUGGAGUUGGUACCCUCUCGGGUGUUAGAAGACUAGAAAUGCUAUCAUACUUUGCUUGUGUAUCUGCAAUUGUAAAUUACGUAAUAUUUAUGACUUUUUAUCCAGCUUGCUUGAGCUUGAUGUUUGAAUUAGCUAAAAUUUCAAACUUUUAUGGAGAAAACCAGCAUUUGGUCAAAAAAAAAUUACUUGAAGAAAAUGACAAAGGCAAUCCUGCUCUUCAACGUGUAAAAUUAAUAAUGUCCUUUGGCCUAUUAGUAGUUCACGUACACAGCAGAUGGUCUGUUAAUGAGGAUUUUAAAAGCUCCAUAAACAACAACAAAGAGGCUGUUAAUUGCUCAGACGAUACAACUUUUUAUGGUUUUGUAAUGAAGCAAUUUGUAAUUAGUGCUGAUCAUAUAGUAAUCCUUAUUUUACUAUUAACUUUGAUGGUGAAAUUUAUAUUUUUCGAAUCAAAAGACCAUUUAAAAGAACAAUUAGAACAUGAUGUUUUGUUGGAAAUUAAAAGAGACAUUCAAAAGAAAAAACAUAUAAGAACAACUUCAAUUAAUGCAGAAGCUCAAACUGAAGGAUUUAGUCCAGAAGUUUUUGAGUUUGAAGAUGGAGUUAAUGAUAGAGACACUGAUGUACCCAGAAGCCUUCAACUUUGCCUGGAAAUAUACCGCACAGAGGAAGGAGCCAAAGAUUUAGCAGACAAAGAAAUAAUGAUGUUGGUGGACACCAAACACAUUCCUGCCUAUAAUUUAGAAAAGGCUGUGAGAAACCCCGAACGAGGUGUGAAAAUUAGAAGGAAAAUUUUAGCCAAUCAAAUGAAGCUAAAUGCUGCCUUUAUUAAUAUGCCUUACAAAAACUAUGAUUAUGGGAAAAUAAUUGGGGCUUGUUGUGAAAAUGUUGUGGGAUAUGUACCGGUACCUUUAGGAGUAGCUGGACCAUUAUUGUUAGAUGAUAGACUUUAUUAUAUUCCUAUGGCUACUACUGAGGGAUGUUUAGUUGCUAGUACAAAUAGAGGUUGUCGAGCUCUAGAAAAAACAGGCAUAAAAUCGAGAAUCGUCUCGGACGGAAUGACUCGAGGCCCCGUUGUCCGUUUCCCAUCGAUAACCCGAGCAAGUGAAGCCACCGUUUGGCUCAAACACGAAGAAAACUUCAAAAAAAUCAAAGACCGAUUCGAUUCGACUAGCAGAUUUGCCAGAUUAACUAAAUUAUCGACGCACAUUGCCGGACGUUAUCUUUUCAUUCGGUUUAUAGCGCAAACUGGGGACGCUAUGGGUAUGAACAUGAUUUCAAAAGGCACCGAGUUAGCGCUGACAUGUAUACAAACCCACUUUGACGAUAUGGAAAUAUUGAGUCUGAGCGGCAACGUUUGCACAGAUAAAAAAUCGGCAGCUAUUAAUUGGUUAGAGGGCAGAGGCAAGAGUGUAGUAUGUGAAGCGACUAUUCCUUCGAACAUCGUGCACUCGGUGCUGAAAUCCAGCACUGCUGCUCUAGUUGACCUGAACAUAUCAAAAAACCUAGUGGGAUCAGCCAUGGCGGGAAGUAUUGGCGGUUUCAACGCUCACGCAGCUAACAUAGUCACUGCCAUUUUUAUAGCGACUGGCCAAGAUGCGGCUCAAAACGUAGCCAGCAGUAAUUGUAUAACUUUGAUGGAGCCUUGCGGAGAAAAAGGAGACGAUUUACUUAUUUCUUGCACCAUGCCUAGUAUUGAAAUUGGUACUGUAGGGGGUGGCACUGUUUUACCCGCUCAGACUGCUUGUUUGGACAUGCUCGGAGUCAAGGGGCCUCACAUGGAAAAUCCCGGUGCAAACGCCAAACAACUGGCUAAGAUUGUUUGUGGAGCUGUUUUAGCUGGCGAGUUGUCGCUCAUGGCUGCUUUAGCUAGCGGACAUUUAGUCAAGAGCCAUUUAAAGUAUAAUCGUUCUUAUUCUGCCAAAGAUACUCCUAUGGAGAUGAGCAUAGCCUGUCGAACAUGAAGAGGGAGAUUGAAUCUAUUAGGUGAUUUUUAGCUAAUUAUUGUGAAUAGUGCAAUUUUGUCCAAUUAAUUGUUGCUGUUUUAAGUCCACUCUUUAUAUUGUUUAUUUAUUAAUUAAAGUA